AAUCCAAUGAGUCAAUUUUCUUCGUUUUCUCAGCCAAAACAAAAAAAUUCACAAUUGAUUAUUCAUAGAAAUUAGACCACCUUUUGUGAUUCUAUUGUCUGUACCUAUUGCUUUCUUUCAUCAUUCUCCACAUAUAUUACAUGGCUUCUCUUCCGUGCUUGCUAGUGGUUAUUCUUUCACUGGUUUACAAUGUUGCUGCUACUUGUUCCAAUGGAACUUGCAAGCUUCUUGAUGAGUGCUCGUCUGAUGGAGAUUGCGGCGCUGGCCUAUAUUGUUUCUCCUGUCCACUUGGAUUUUCAGGCUCUAGGUGUGUGAGGUCUUCUGUCACAGAUCAAUUCAAGCUCAUUAAUAAUUCUCUACCGUUCAACAAAUAUGCAUUUUUGACAACACACAACUCUUAUGCCAUUGAUGGGGAGCCAUCCCACACAGGUGUGCCUCGUGUGACAUUCACCAACCAAGAAGACAAUGUCACACAACAGCUAAAUAAUGGAGUUCGAGGACUAAUGCUAGACACAUAUGAUUUUGAUGGAGAAGUGUGGUUAUGCCAUUCAUUUGGAGGCCAAUGCCAUGAUAUCACAGCAUUUGAACCUGCUUUAGAUACACUGAAGGAAAUUGAAGGUUUUUUAUCAGCAAAUCCAGCAGAAGUUGUCACCCUUAUCUUGGAAGAUUAUGUUCACACCCCCAAUGGUUUGACAAAGGUCUUCACUGAUGCUGGUUUGAUGAAAUACUGGUUUCCAUUGACAAGCAUGCCAAGAAAUGGUGCAGAUUGGCCUCUAGUGAGUGAUAUGGUUGCCAAAAACCAAAGGUUACUAGUUUUCACUUCUAUCAGGUCUAAAGAACAAAGCGAAGGCAUUGCUUACCAGUGGAAUUUCAUGGUUGAAAAUCAGUAUGGGGAUGGUGGAAUGAAAGAAGGAAGUUGUCCAAACAGGGCGGAAUCAUCUCCUCUUGAUGACAAAAGCAAAUCCUUAGUGUUGGUAAACUAUUUCAAAACAACACCAUUAAAGGUACUCACAUGUAUAGAUAAUUCUGGGCAACUCAUUAACAUGCUACAAACUUGUUACGGUGCUGCUGGUAACCGUUGGGCAAAUUUUGUUGCUGUUGAUUAUUACAAGAGGAGCGAGGGAGGAGGGUCUUUUCAAGCUGUGGACACUCUCAAUGGGAAGUUAUUGUGUGGGUGUGAUGAUGUUCAUACAUGUCAGCCUGGAUCAACUUCACAAGCUUGCUCAUCACCAUCAUAGACAACAUUGUAACAAGGACAACAAGCCUCUGAAAGUGUGUCAGCCAUUUGAUUGUUGUGCACUUGUGCACUAUCAGUAAUUUAAACCAUUAUUUCUUACCAGUGUCAUUGUAUCAUACACUCCAGCCGCCACAAAUGUGGCGAUUUAUGGUGCUUAUUUUGCUUCUCCCCAUCUUUUAAAGAUCAAAGAGAGCUAGUUGUUCCAUAGCCACAAAUGCAGCAUCA